UUAAUAAGUUUAGUAAUGAGCAAUGCAUUUAAGUCAGCUGCAGGAAACACAUUGUCCAAGAAUGAUAUGGGCUAAACUGGAUAGAGUUUUGCAGGAUCCCAAAACCCAGCAUCUCUAAAGGGUAAGCUUAUGAGUUUAGAGGUAUAUUGAUUUAUUCAACUAAAGGAAACAAUCAAAGGAAUUUAAGAUGAAAUGAACUUCCACAAGAAGGAAGUCUAGAUCCUCAAAUCAGAAAAGGACACAUUAGAAUCUGUUUUGAGUAUGAAAACUUAAGAUGUCAAAAAAACACUCACAAAUGAGCUCAUGAGAAUUGAAGAGGAAAUGAAAAGGUAUAUUCUGUCUCAUAUCUACUUAUUAGACAUUUUGCUCAUCAAAAGGCUGAGAAUUCAAGAUUACAACAACAAAUAACUGCUUUGAAAGGUGAGAAGACUGCACUUCAAUAAUAACUACUCGGUCUCCAAAGAAGAAUUGCUGAAUUAGAAUUAUAAGUUGGUUAGGAAUAAGGAUGA